UAAGACUGGGUGUGAAUGGCUGCUCUCUGGCAGCCAAUGGUUGAGCACCGGAUGCGAGAUAUCCGCUGCAACAACAAGCGCUCUGUUCCCCCUUCAGCUUGACGCCAUUUACAGCCCAAAUCCCGACCUCCUCUCCGGAAAGAGCAAAAAAAAAAAAAAACACUCACACAUGAGAAAAAAUACCUACUCGCCAACCCUCAGAGCCUUGCGGAUAAAACCCACCGAAUUAAUACUACUUCUGAGCUGGAGUUUUGUCUCUCAGUUGUCCCGUUUUCUCCCCUCUAUACUUCUUCUUCUGCAAAAGUGAAGUGACGUUUACACUCCGCCGGUGAUUGAUUGUGAAGUUUUCGUUUUAAUGCCUCGUGCUCUUGCGCAAAACAUGGGAUUUACGUCUUAGCGCUGCCUUUAAUGAAAAUGCGCUCCGGUUGUUGGGAACUUUCUCAAUGGAUUCUACCGACGGCUUUCCAGACUGACUUGUUGAUGUAUGGAAUAAACACGCUUUCAAAUUGGAUUUACUUCACCUAAACGGGAGCUAAAGGGUCGAAAGCACGGACUUCAGAUGUGUCCCAUGCCAGCCACAGUGACUCUUCAGUCCCGAUAUGGAUUCCACAAGUCAGAACGACAGCGACGGGGGAGGAGGACGCCACGGCCGGUCACCGCCAACGGCCAGCACGCCGGGCACGCCGCAUGACGAAAGGAGACCACAACCACGGCCUCCGCAAACCCAAGGUGGUUCGCCAGAUCCUGGGUUGACCAACGGGACCCAUACGCCGGCAGUGCUGUCUCUGGAUCAGAUCAGCAUAACCGGGAGUAGUAAUGAGUACACAGAAGGGCCCACAGUUGCCCAAAUCUCUCCAGCCUCUCAGCACAGGAGACAGAAGAGUGACUUGGUUAUGUCGCCAGGUCCAUGGUCCAGCGGGCAGCAGGAGUCUGUGGAAGAGGGGCCCAAUAAUCUCCGUAACCUGCGUUCAUUGACUGAGUAUGGAAACACAAAUACGUCCAUCCCUUCCAGGGAGGGCGUGCUGCGGUCCUCCAGCGCAGAGGACUCCCAGAGCAGCAUCAGGACCAGCGUAGGGAGUACUUCGUCGGGCCAGCGUCUCCUCAGCAGCCCACCAGGCGGUAACCAGAUAAUCAGAACCCAGCCGAAACGCGCGGAGCUGAAUUCCGAAGAGCUGAAGCCCCUGAGCGGUGAGUGCAGAGCCGUUUUGGCCACGCCAGGCAGCGGAAGCUACAAAAAUCACGGCACGCACGCCAACAAGUGCGAGGACUGCGGCCGGUGCCGGUGCCCAGAGUGCAGCCGCCCGCGGGUGCUCCCUUCCUGCUGGAUGUGCGGCCACCGGUGCGUGUGCUCGGCGCAGAGCGCGGUGGAGUAUGGGACGUGCAUCUGCUGCAUCAAGGGGCUCUUCUACCACUGCUCCAGCGACGACGAGGACACGUGCGCUGACAAGCCCUUCUCGUGCUCGCAGUCGCACUGCUGCGUCCGCUGGGCGGCGGCGUCGCUCCUCGCAGUGCUCUUCCCCUGCCUCCUGUGCUACCUCCCGGCUAAAGGAUGUGUCGCCGUGUGCCAGUGCUGCUACGACCGAGGCACGCGACCCGGCUGUCGGUGCAAGAACACAAACCCAAUCCACUGUGAGGAUGUUGGCAAGCCAGCGUAGACAAAGAUGGUGAUGUUAAAAUGCAAGAAGGAUGAAAAGACUCCAUGUUGACUGAACCGAUAGAUGGUCCUGUAGUUCAAAGGUUUGAUUUAGAGAGCUAAUGAUGCUUGAGUUUUAGUUUUUUUGUGUGUUCCCCAUCUAGAUCUUCACGCCUACCAGAUCUGGGCAGAAACAUAGUCCCGUUUUGCCUUCAGUUGUCAGCUUUUAAUGCUCGGUUGACAAAACUGGAGGUGCAUUCACUCACCCUAACAUUAUGAGUUUCACUUCACCAGGUAAACCAAAAUAAGUGCUCCACAUGUCAUAAGGUAUGAAGACAUAUUCAACUACUGUUAAUCCUGAAAAAUAAUUUCUUCACUCAAGUGCCCAGAUAUCGAGUUGUUG